AUGGCGCCGCCCAUCGAGCUUCCUGCCUUCCCAGUCUUCAGAGGAAGAAACAGCGCCUCAGCCUCAGGCGGAGACAAGUACAGCAGCGCCAUGGCGGCCUCUCGCGUCGCCCUUCAGCCGCACGUGUCUGCCUGGAACCCUUCUGCUGCCUCCCACGAGGCAGAAAGCCGGGCAUCCACAUCUUACAACUCCGCCAAUCCUGAUUUUGGCGCGCACCUCUACAGGGCCACGGGGGCAAAGAAGCUCGCCCCUUUGAGGAGCUCUCUUUUCGGGCGGGAAGUCCAGGGGGUUAGCUGGGCGCAAAACGCGGAGAGGGGAUCGAGUGGACGGGUUAGGGUUUCAAAAAGCACGGGAGCGAGGGCCCAAGGAGAGGAGGACUCGGACGACACGGAUGGUGUGGCAGACUUGCCGAUUGAGUUCCUGGAACCGACGCCUGAAGUUGCUUAUUACCAGCUGCGAACCAUAGACUCCCCCAACCAUUUGUCUGUUCCCAGCCCACCCCCAAUCAAGCAGGGGGGGCCACCAAGCCCAACAAAUGCAGGCAGGUCUGGUCUGUUCCGUACCCCCAUUUCAGGGGGGGUGCAAAGUGCCACGUCGUCGCAUGGAUUGCCCCCGCCUGCGGUAGCUGUCCGGAACCUGGUUGCUCAGGCCAAGUACGCCCACCUGUGCACUGUGAUGUCGCGCAUGCACCACCGCAGGCGAGGCUACCCCUUUGGCUCGCUGGUGGACUUCACAACCGACGAGGAAGGACAUCCGAUCUUCUCCCUCUCCCCUCUCGCCAUCCACACCCGAAACAUUUUGGCCGACCCCCGGUGCACGCUCGUCGUUCAGAUUCCAGGCUGGUCCGGGCUCGCCAACGCGCGCGUGACCAUCUUUGGUGACGUGUACCCACUGCCACAGGAACAGCAGGAAUGGGCACAGAAGCUGCAUAGCGCCAAGCACAACCACGGGGCGUCGUUCCAGUGGGGCAACUUUUACUUCUACCGGAUGGCUAAUAUUAGCGAUAUCUACUUCGUAGGGGGCUUUGGGACGGUCGCUUGGGUCGAUGUCAAGGAAUACUCCGCAGCGAAACCGGACAUCAUCGCUGCCUCGAACGUCAGCGAGACGCUCCAGGUGCUGAACAACGAGUUUUCGGACCCCCUGUGCGGGCACCUCGCGGAGGAGCUGGGCCAGGAAGUGGACGACGCGGCGCUCAUUUCCAUCGACAGCAGGGGCGUCGACGUGCGGGUGCGGCAAGGCGCGCGGUUCAACGUUCAACGCCUAUCUUUUGAAGAGAAUGUGCUUGUCAAGGACGCCGCCGAAGCUCAAAGCGCUCUUUCGAAUUUGCUGUCAAGAAAGAGGUGAUUCGAUUGGCCGCCCUAGAUUUGAUCAGCGGAGGGAAAGAGUAGAUUGGCAGCGAGAUUGAGGUUCCUUGCUUCUGGCGACUUGGAAGUGCUAGGAGCGGACGCAAGGAGUUACUUUUGGUGCUUGAUGCAGAAUCAGAUGUACAUUAGCAGAAGCCCAAGAGCUGUGCUGCGAUGCGGGUCAUGCUCCCUGACAAACCCAACAACAGAUUCAAUACAACGUUUCUUGAAUGCUCGAUCCGUUCUAGCUAGAAAAGACGCAAAAGCUGCGAGAUGAUCCGCCUGUUCAUGCCAUUUUG